AUGGAAGCAUUGACUCGAGGUGGUCCCGGUGGUACUCCUCGUCCGAUAGAAAUGCUCGCGCAUGACCCAUUGCGUUAUGUUGGAGAUAUGCUGGCCUGGGUGCAUCAAAAUGUCGCCAGCGAAAAAGAAUAUCUGGAAGGGUUGUUUGAAUGUAAAAAACAGGAGGUGGAGGCUGACAAUGGAAAUAUAACAGGGGAAAGCGAUGACAUAAUAAUUCAGGAUUUAUUGGAUCGUGAUUUUGAUGGCAUUUGUCGUUCGUUGAAAACACGUGUUGAACAGGUUUUGGGAUCACAACAAGGGGCGAUAACAGCAUACAGAAUUUUGAACUUAAUACAAUUCUACAAAAUUACAAUAGGAAGGAUUUUGGGUCCUAAUGCUGCUUUGUCAAACACACUUCAAGAGAUUACAGAAUCCGCGUCUAUGAUUUUUUUCAAUACACUAAAUUCUCAAGCGGAACAAUUAUUACGAUAUAUACAAACUCCAGGCCCGGAUCUAAUGCCCCCGCCGGCGGUGAAAGAAACCGUAUUACAAUUGAAUGAAAUAAUGGCUUCAUAUGAAACAUCUUUGGUCACCACCAAUGAGCGCGAGGAUGACUUCCGCGUAGUUUUAGAUGCCAUAUUGGAUCCUUUAUUCCAGAUGUGCGAAUUAGGUGCAAAAGACCUAUCACGAUUUAACCAAGCUAUCUAUAUGUUAUCAUUGACCAAAUACACAUUUACUCGCGGAAGAGUUAUGGCAUUGGAAAAGCAGAUUGAAGAGAAUUUGGAGAUAUUGGUAGAUGGACAGUAUGCAAGGCUGUUGAGGCUAUCUGGAUUGGGUCCAAUAGUUCAGGUUAUGGAAACCAAAGACGAAGAUACACCACUAUCACUUAUGCCUAACAUGGAUACUAACACUCUAACCAAUGUAAUGGCCCGAUUGGACUCGUCCUUAUUUUUUGCUCACAAUGAUACGUUAAAGUUACCCGCGCAAUUGGCUAUGAAAGUUAAUAAGAGAGUGAGCAAGAUGUUCGUUGAAAUGUAUAAAAGAAUAAGUGAAGCCAUAAAAGAUCCGAAAAAUAGAUAUGAAUUUCCCGCGACCAUUCUUGCUAAGACGGUCGAUGAAGUCGAAAACAUGUUGAUGGAUUAA